CUAAGAAAGAGACAUAUUCAAAACAUCCUAGAGGAAGACUAUUAGACCCUGUUUGUGAUUAUUUUUUUACAACUCCAUUGAAAUCACUUGGUCAUUUUGCUACCAAAUAUAAAUAUUGUUCUACACAAUUUAAUCAUAGAUAUCCUAAUUAG